AAUACAAUUCUACUCCUAACUUUCCGUUCUUAAUUCGAAAAUUAAAUCGAAGCAGUUGUGUGAUUUACUUAAAACGUGGAACGCACACAAGGUGUUCGAUAGAUCUUCUCAAUGGAUAUGGAGGAGAGAGUUGUUCGUGAAAGAGGAAGCUGCUCGUCUUCUAUCGUCACGUGGACCUCUCACGUGAUAAAGCGAAAUAACCGUCGAGAGUCGAGACCAAGAAAUCGAGAGAAGCCUUGAGAAUCGUUACUGCGUAUUGUCUUCUCCAACCAUGGAUUCUUUCUUCAAAGAUGCCAAGGAGGAUUCUCAGCUCCACACACUUGCCCAAGGUUACUUCGCUCAAGGAAAUCACAUCAAGGCCUUGGAGGUAAUUGAAGAUUCGAUUUCAAUCCGUCGUGGGAAACAAAAUCUUCCAGGAAUGAUCCAUUUUCUCGAAGGUUCUAUCUUGUUUAACCUAGCGAGUAGAGCACGGAGUAGUGACGUCAAGUUCGCGUUUUUGCUGAGUUCUGUAGAAUCCUUUGCGGAAGAUUGUGGGAUUCACGCCUUCUCUGCAACUGCAUUGUUCGAUAUGGCCAACCAGCUUGACUCAGCAUUGUAUUUCAAGAAAGCCGUGAAAUAUGCAAAAGAGAGUUUAUCUUUUCUGGAUGCGUGUGAUCAAUUGAGCUCGGUCGAGGAAAGCACAAAAACUUCACUUGCGAAUAUAAUCAACGCAUCACAGUUGAAGAUACUCACUGGUCCUACAGGAAAAAAAUCUGAGCCAACACUUACGGAGUCAAAAGAAGUUCGAGACACGAUUAGGAGUGACUCGAAUAACGCUGAAGGUCAAAGAUUGAGGUCAUUUUGGGCGGGUAUGAAUGUUGAGGAUAAACGGAACUUUCUUAAAGUAAGCAUUGCGAAGCUUACAAGUUACGUAGAGCGAGAAUACGGCAAAGAGGGACAAGAUGCUUUGGAGCAAGUUUUGAAUUCUGCUAGGAUAAACAGGAAAUGGAAAUUUUGGAUGUGUCGAACUUGUUCACAGAAGUUCUUUUAUCCGAAAAAGUUUAAGAAUCAUCUUGAACAAGAGCACGCUGCAAAAUUUAAACCUUCGACGACAAAGCAUAUGGCUCAGAGGGUAGAUGAAGUGUGGGCUGGUAUGAUAUCGGUUGCAGGUUGGGAUCCAGUGGAUGCAGUAGCUGCCGCUGAAAUGAUUAAGACUCGGCUUGAAUCUGUGAAAGAGUUUGUCUAUGAGAAUGGAUGGUCCAAAGACUGGCCUUUAGCUGCAAAUGAAGAACGCAGUAAGUUACUCAAGGAAAUCCGAUUGCUCCUUGUGUCAUUUUGGGAGAGUAAGAUUCUUUCUUGUAGCAUCCGAGACUGGAUGAUGAGAUUUCUGAUUAAGCAUCUUGUACAAUUUGAAGUUUCCGAGCAUACUAUUACUACCGAGUGUCGCCUAUUGGAAACACCUCAGGGUAUAUGCUUUUUGGAAUCUGAUGAACUCAACCAAAUUCUGGACCUACUCAAACUCAUCAAGUGUGAAAGGGAUGAUGGUACAAAUCUGAUUUGCAGAGCAGUGGACAGUUUAUGGGGUUGUAUUCGAGUAAAAGAAAAGAUGGAUUUUGACCACCAGUUUUCGUGUAUGCUUCUGGAUAAAAGACUGCUGAGAGGCAAGAUUGCUUCAUUCGAUGAUGAAGGGACAGUAGAUAUUUGUGAUCAGAAUGUUUACUACGCCAAGACACAUCCUCAGGGCGAUGAUAUCAUAACCUGGUUGCUUGACUACCCUUUAAUAGAUGAGAGCUUUGAAUUUCCCAGAUCUAUCAGGGCACACAAUCUUGAUAUAUGGGUGGCUGUUCUGAGAGCCAUUAACUUUACGUGUAGGACUUUGGGAACCAAAUAUGCAAAGAAGUUGGAGAUCCUAGGUUAUCAAAGAGCUCUUAUUGACGCCAAGAACUUGUGUAUGCACGAAGAUGAAAGGAGAAGGAUUGUUCCGGAAGAUCAGUGGAACGCUUAUGCAUCUCUUCUGGGUGAUAAAUGUGAAGACCAAUUAACGACAGAGGGAGGAGAUUCUCCCCACGCAAUACUAUUCUUGUGUGCAGUUCAAGAUAUUCUCGAAGGAGCAUCGCAUCUGACAUUUGAUUUUCCCGAUCUAGAAGAUUGCCUGAAUCUUAUACAUGGGCAUAAAAUUCUCAGUGAUGAUAUAGUGUUAAAGUCUAUAGACCGUCUGGAAUCUGUGGUCACCAACAAGGUUCCGCUAGUAGAUUCAAAGAUUUUGCUGGUUGAAAAGUCAAGGAUUAGUUUGCUAAACGACAUCACCAGGCUUUCUGUUUUUGACCACCGGUCUUAUAUCCUUCACCUGCUCAAACGUUUCCUGCGGGAAGAGUUAGAUGUAGUUGUAAAUAUGGAUCUCAUCGCCACGGUAGCUGCAGCAGAAGCAGAUCUUUUAUCCGGGAAAAAACGAGAGAAGGAGAACUACUCAGGGUCAAAGAAGAAGAAACAUAAAAGCAUCAAGAGAACUUCAACGAGCAUGUCUAGUGUUCUUGAGCAGAAUGUCGAACAUGAAUCUCCUGUCAAUCUUGAACCGGGAGUUACUUCUCCAUCACCAAAAACGACGGAAGAAUGCUCUAUGGAACCAGAAGAUACUCUUUCAGGUGAAAGGGGUCGAUUGGAUAUUUCAUCCAACACUGACAACCAAGAGGAAGCUGUUAAAGAUAUGCAAAAUAUGCAAAAUAUGCUUGAAGAAGAUUCACUGUCGAAACAUUUGGAGUCAGCACAUGGAGCAGCUGCAACCAGAUACAAUUCAGCUCUUGAAAUGACACUAAAGGCCCUUUGUAACAUUAAGGUUCUUAAAGAGUAUUUGGUGCACAAUCGGCAUCAAUUUGCUGAAAACCCAGAAGAAGAUUUUCCUUAUGCACUACGAAGUUUCUUUUCUGCUUUUGCCUGGAAGCAUAUAAAAGUAGAGGGACUGUACAGUUGCCUCCUGGGAGACUUACUUGCUUCCCUAGAAGAAGUUCAUUCCAUGUCAAGUGAUGCUGCUGAGCUGCUUGUAUCUAUCCUUGAGUUUUGGCCUUGCUGGAAAAAUCCAGAUAUAGAUAGCGUCGUAACACGUCUUUUUACACUGGAAGAAUAUGAAAGAAUGAGUUGUAGCAAGUGCAGAAGGAGUACAAAUUAUCCAGAGCAAAGUUCUUAUGGCAUUGUUAUGGCUGCAGAUUCAAUCAGAGAAUUGAAGUGUGCUUUUGGGAAUUUAAAGCUUGAGGACAUCCUUAAGGUGAUCCGCAUGGAAGAGAAACUGUUCUGUGAUAUUAAAACAGAAGGCUGUGGAGAGGCAAACUUUGUCCAUCACAUUAUAAGUAGAUGCCCCCCUAUCUUCACAAUCGUUUUGGAAUGGGAGAAGAAUGAAAGUGAAAAGGAAAUAUACGAAACAACAAAGGCUUUGGAAUGGGAGAUGGAUAUCAGCAGGCUAUACGAGGGCUUAAAACCAAACACAAAGUACCGGCUUGUUUCAAUGGUUGGUUGUGGUGAAGAAGAAGAAUACACCUGCCUAGCUUAUAAAAAGAACCGAUGGGUCAGUUUCAGACAUGAAGCUUUAGCGAAAGAGGCUGUUGGUACAUGGAAGAGUGUAGUCAGAUUCUGUAAAGAAAGGAAGGUUCGACCAGAGAUUCUGUUCUAUGAAGCAGUUCAAUGGCCUAACAAGUGACAACGUUAUAUCAAUAUAGAUACCUUCAUGUUAAGCAGUUGUGUUUAUCGUCUGAAGAAAGCAAUUGAUAUUCAAUUAAACUUAUAAAGUUGUGAAUAUUUUGUUCCUAUAAGAAAAACCCAAGUAGUGAUACUUUCGUUA